AUGCCUCUGUCAGACUACCUACGCUCGCCGACAUCUCACCGGUUAAGUCAACUGUCCAGUGCGAUUCAGCAACGCGAUCAAUAUGCUCUGGCGACGAGCUUUCCGACCAUGGACAUUCUCAAGUCAGGCAUGCCCGCAGCACGUCCGGAUUUCGGCCACCUCACUCUCCUCGUCUUUGAAGCUGUGCUUGAGGUAGUCUGCGUGAGUGCACCUGGCUAUAUCGUGGCCAGACAGGGCAUGUUCGACGCUGAAGCCCAGAAAUUCCUGGCCAAUCUCAACGUUCAGCUCUUCACUCCAGCACUGAUCUUUACCAAAUUGGCCUCGCAGUUGACCGCCGACAAACUCGUCGAUCUAGCAAUCAUUCCCUUGAUUUUCACCGUUCAGACCAUUAUCUCCUUCGGCUGCUCUUUUCUCAUCGGCAAGUUGAUGCGGUUUAAGAAACGGCAGGCAAAUUUUGUGAUAGCCAUGGCCGUCUUUGGAAACUCGAACUCCCUACCCAUUUCUCUCGUCAUCUCCUUGUCAAAGACCUUGCAGGGGCUACAUUGGGACAAAGUACCAGGUGACAACGACGACGAGGUCGCUGCUCGUGGCAUCCUCUAUCUUUUAAUCUUUCAGCAGCUCGGUCAACUCGUCCGUUGGACUUGGGGCUACAAUGUCCUUUUGGCUCCAGCUGACAAGUAUACUGAAGAGCAGGGUGGUACAAAGCAGAUCUCCGAGACUGAAAGAGGACGUGGUGUAUACAGAGAUGAACCCGAGACUCAGCGGUUAAUCAGUCCGUUGGGCUCUGAAGACAGAUUCACCGACGACGACGAUUCGACCACAGUAGCCGCUUCUCCUACAAAUACCAACGGAGUUAAGACCCCCAAUGGUUAUGGCAAAUACUCCUCGAGAUCCUCUUCAAGUACUCCUGAUGAUACAGUCCCUCCAGCAAAUGGAAAUAUCGCUCCUGAUCACAAUAUCAUAUCCGAUGCAACCAUACACAAAGGCAGAGAAGAUGUUGGGCCAGUCUCUGGCACAGUCAACAAGAUCAGAAAUGCAUUCAUUACAGCUGGGCGAAAGACAAGGCAAGGUAUCAGGUCUGCUGGCCAGUCUAUUUUUGCGUCACUACCCAAAUUUCUGCAGAGUGGCCUGAGCAAAGUAGGCUCUUUCAUCUAUCGUUUCUUCGCAGGCCUGUGGGAGUUCAUGAAUCCACCACUAUGGGCCAUGUUAAUCGCCAUCGUGGUAGCGUCUAUUCCUCCACUUCAGCACGUCUUCUUCGACAAAGGAACCUUUUUACGAAACUCGGUCACACGCGCAGUUGAGCAGAGUGGUGGCGUGGCUGUUCCACUUAUCCUUGUCGUCCUUGGCGGGAAUCUGGCACGGAACACCUUACCACGGGACAGCCCUGGCGAUCUCAGUGACCCCAAGCUGGAGCGGAAAUUACUCAUUGCCUCGCUGAUCUCGAGAAUGCUGCUCCCUACCCUUAUUAUGGCACCCCUACUCGCAAUUACAGCCAAGUUUGUUCCUGUCAGCAUUCUCGACGACAAGAUCUUCAUCAUCGUAUGUUUCUUGCUCACAGGAGCGCCAACGGCUCUGCAAUUGGCUCAAAUAUGCCAGAUCAACAACGUGUACAUGCCGGUCAUGAGUAACAUCCUCUUUCAGAGUUACGUGUUGGUAUAUUACCAUAACCGUGGUGGCAUCUGUUUGAGCGAGGCGUUGGGCGUGGUCAGUAAGUCAAAAGUCAUCAGUGCUACUUGUGAGCCCACAGGCAUUCUCACAUGGAGCACAUUAGAUUAG